AUGCCCGGGCCUGGACUUCUGUCGGAUGGAUGGUUUCGCGAAGAGUGCCCACUCUGGCCGGGGCAGGGCCAGGGCCUCAAAGUCCAGGAAGUCCUCCACGACGCCCCGACGGACUAUCAGCACCUCACCGUCUUCGAGUCCGACCGCGCGGGCCCGUGGGGGACCGUCAUGACCCUCGACGGAGCGAUCCAGAUGACCGACUACGAUGAGUUCGUCUACCACGAGAUGCUGGCAAACAUCUCCCUCUGCGGCCAUCCCAAUCCGGAAAAUAUCCUGAUCGUCGGCGGCGGCGACGGCGGCGUUGUCCGUGAGGUCCUUCGCCAUAAAAAAGACUCACACAAGCCCGGCAAAGGGACGGUUCUCACGGUCGACCUCGUCGACAUCGACGCCGCGGUGGUGGAGCAGAGCAAACGACACUUUCCGCAGAUCGCGUGCGGACUGGAGGACCCCUGCGUGCGGGUCACCAUCGGCGACGGCGCGGCCUUCGUGGAGGAUUCGAUCGAUGAUAGCUACGAUGUGAUCAUUGUCGACACCACUGACCCGGAUGGGCCGGCCUCGGACCUUUUUGGCGUGGAAUUUUAUCGGAACAUCAUGCGCAUCCUUCGCCCGAACGGGAUCGUCUGUAAUCAAUGCGAGUCGAUCUGGCUGAACCUUCCUCUGAUCACCAGAAUCGUGGACUUCAUGAAGAACGACAUCGGCUUCAAGAUGGCGAAAUAUGCCAUGAUCUAUACUCCAAGCUACCCGUGUGGAAGCAUCGGCACCUUGGUGUGUGCGAAGUCCGCGGAAACGAAUGUCAUGAAGCCCUUGCGCCCCGUUGAGAAACUCGGCUUUUCUGAGGAUCUCCGAUACUACAGUACAGAAGUUCAUAAGGCGGCUUUUGCACUGCCUAAGUUCGUUGAAUUUUUAAAUGUGGAUUAA